UUCGGCCUACAAACUCAAAUACUAGUGAUACAACACUUCAUGCAAAUAGCGCAGUGCCAAGGAAGGAUGUUUGUCAUAUUUCUAUUUCUGUGCAUACAGACGGCUCUCUGUGCGGUUUGCAACGUGACGAUUAUAUCACGUGAUGACUGGGGAGCCCGGGCCCCCAAUGACCAUGAUCACCUACACACACCCGUGACUGUCGCUUUGAUCCACCAUACAGACAGGGACCAUUGCACAACGAAAGCAGCCUGUAUCCAGGAACUACAGGACAUGCAGAACUUCCAUAUGAACAAUCAAAGUCAUUCCGACAUAAUGUACAACUUUAUGAUUGGAGAGGACGGGAACGUUUACGAGGGGAGGGGAUGGAGCACGGUAGGGGGACACAUGCCAUACUGGAACAUCGUCAGCCUAGGGAUCGCCGUCAUGGGCAACUUCCAGCGCGGACCCCCCAACAGUGCAGCCCUGGGGGCACUGCAGGAGUUACUGGUGUGUCUGGUGGAGAACCACAAACUGACGCCGGACUACAAACUGUACGGUCACCGAGACGUGGGCCACACCAACUGUCCGGGAAACAGCUUCUAUGACGUCAUCAAAACCUGGUCUCAUUAUGACACUGGAAAGCCAGUUUUGCCAACAAAAACGCCUACACGCUUCUAAAUGUAUUCUCGGAAAUUAUUAAAUUGGAAGAAAUGCG